AUGGCCGACCAAGAUAUUUCCGAUAAAAGCGAACAGAUGGAGGGAAAUCCAGAAGCAGAGGAAGCGCUGGACGUAUUUUGGGACGAGCCUGUCGACCAAGAUCCAGCAAAUCCCAUGAACUGGAGUUUAGCGCGCCGAUGGACAAUUGUUGGAGCAGUAUCCUUCAUCACCUUUUUGACUCCCCUCGCGUCAUCCAUGUUUGCACCUGGCGUACCCGAGGUAAUGGCCGAUUUCAAUACCAGCUCGACUAUAUUAGCGACCUUCGUUGUCUCCGUCUAUAUCCUCGGUUUCGCAUUUGGGCCUCUUAUCGUCGCUCCGUGGAGCGAGUAUAGUGGCCGUCUCGUCGUCUAUAACGUAUGCAAUGUGCUCUUCAUGAUCUUCAACAUCGCCAGUGCAUUGGCUCCGAAUCUGGCAUCCCUGAUAGUUUUCCGGUUCCUGGAUGGUGUUGCUGGUGUUACGCCGACAACUAUUGGAAGUGGAACGAUUGCCGACAUUAUGCCGAGGGAGAGUCGAGGCAAAGCCAUGGCUCUUUGGUCUUUAGGACCGCUUUUUGGUCCUAUUAUUGGUCCUGUUGUUGGUGGAUACCUGGUUGAGGCUACGAGCUGGCGGUGGGUAUUCUGGGUUCUGGCUAUUGCGGGUGGCGUCGCGUCAAUCGCCUUCUUUUUCAUCGUCCCUGAAACACAUGGCCCAACGCUGCUCGAGCGCAAGGCAGCACGGCUACGAAAAGAGACUGGGAACCCGGGCUAUAUAUCUCGUUUGGACGAUGGGAUUCCCGCAAAACAGAGAUUCAUGCAGAGCCUCAUUCGUCCAUCGAGAAUGCUACUGCUCUCGCCAAUCGUGUCAUCAAUGUGUAUCUACAUUGCUGUUCUCUAUGGCCUCUUAUACAUCCUUUUUACCACGUUUACCGAGGUAUUCCAAGGACAAUACGAUUUCUCGUCUGGGUCAAGUGGCCUUUCCUUCCUAGGCAGUGGAGUCGGCAUGUUACUCGGACUGUUGUAUUCUGGUAUUCUUAGUGAUCGCAAGAUCAAACUGAGGAUUCAACGGAAGGAAGAGCCACAGCCAGAAGACCGGCUCCCUUGGUAUAUUGCUCUUCCUGGGUCACUGAGUAUUCCUGUUGGGCUAUUUAUCUACGGUUGGUCAGUCGAUAAGCAUGUCCACUGGAUUGUUCCCGAGAUCGGAACCGCUGUGACGGGGUAUGGGAUGAUUCUUACAUUGAUGGGUAUUCAGACUUACUUGGUCGAUGCGUUCACGCAGCAUGCGGCCAGUGCUAUUGCAGCUUGUACCGUUCUACGAAGCUUGGCGGGUGGUCUUCUCCCUCUUUGUGGAUUGAAGCUAUAUGAAAAGUUGGGCUAUGGAUGGGGAAAUAGUCUGCUGGCAUUCGUUGCGUUGGGCCUAUCCCCGAUUCCUCUAUUGUUCCAAUCGUUUGGAGCGCAGCUGAGAGCUCGAUCUAAGCCCAUAAAAUAG